CUCUGCUUGUACACCGCCUUGUCCUUCACCGCCAAUCAUGGUAGAGGCUCUAGGAACCGCUUCGUCCGUUGGCCCCCUCAUCCAAAAGUCCCGUACUAUCACCACGUAUCUAAAGAACAUAAAAGAAGCACCUAAAGAACUUGACAAGCUCUUGAAGGAGCUACGGGAUCUGGAGAUCGCCCUGACUAUGGUAGAAUUGCAUACCCGGUCGGUGACUGAAGACGACCUGUGGCUUGUGACAUUACAAGAAUUGGAGACUACUCUCGAUGAGCUUACUGAGAUACUUAAUAAACUCAAGAAGAGGCUGGAGGACACGUCCUCUUGGAUGAGAAGGAUGCUGCAGUGGCCUUUUACUAAAGACGGCAUGGAGGAGGACCUAGGGAAGCUCGAGCGUAUCAAGUCCUUGCUCCUGGUCGCCGCGCAACACAAUCAUCUUGCAUUAUCUCGUGCGGUUCAGCGGUCACGGGAAGUCCUAGAAACCACAUACUUGACCAAUCAGCUACAAAUGGACAGGGAAGCUGCGUACGUGGCGGCCUGGCUGACCCCUUUAGAUUACAAUUGUGUUCAACACGACAAGCUGGAACAACGUGCGAGCGACACUGGAGCGUGGUUCUUUAAGUCCCCACAGUUUCUGAGUUGGACAGAUAUUUCUAAAGCGCCCUCCACUUUGUGGUGUUUUGGCGAUCCCGGUGUCGGAAAGACAAUUUUCGCUUCUGUCAUUGUCGACCACUUGCGCGUGAAGUUCAAUGCGGAAGAAACUCUUGUCUUGUGUACCUUUUGCGAUUAUCGCAGCGCGGCAACCCAGACAGUAACUAACGUUAUCUGCAGUCUCUUGAAACAGUUCAUCCAAGCCCGCCUCAGCCUGACUGACUCUAUUAAAUCCUUCUACAAUCGGUAUUCUCGUAAUGGGACACGACCUUCACUUGACGGCAUCACAAACCUUCUUUCCCAGGAGUUGGAGCCAUUUCGCCACGUCUACAUAAUCUUGGAUGCUUUGGACGAAUUUAAUAAAAACCUCGGCGGCCGAAAAGAGCUCAUCGAUAUUCUAAGGGCAUUAGGCGACAAUAUUUGCCUUCUUGUGACUUCGAGAAACAUUCAUACGAUACGGUCGUUGUUCGUGGCAGAUACGAAAUUGGACAUCCGAGCAGAUGGUGCUGAUAUCAGGAAGACUAUCCUAGUCAAGCUCAAGCAGGGAUAUCUUCCUAUCUCUCUCAAAGGUGGCAAGAAUAUUCGCGAGAAGAUACUCAAGACAGUUGUGGAGAAGGCGGAUGGCGUGCAAGUUUCCUAUGCUUGUUCUUCUUCUAUCAGCCGACAGUUUCCACAGAUCACAAACGGCUUGUCGAGGAGCUGGAUAUUGAAACUCCCCAAUACCAUCGAACACGCGUAUGAGUAUCUCCUAACCAAAAUAGACAGCCAACCAAAUAAAGACCUCGCUUAUCGCAUAUUCGGUUGGAUAGCUUUCGCGGAGCGUCCUUUGACGGGCUCAGAAUUGCAGCAUGCAUUAGCUGUGGAACCAAGAAGCAAAAGUCUCAGCGCUCGGAACAUCGUCAGCUACAACAUCAUCACCAAGGUCUGCGCAGGAUUCGUCGUCAGGGACCGUCAAGGAUCCCCUUCGUUCGUUCAUCAUUCGAUGCAGGAAUUUUUUAUUUCCCGGAAAGCCAAACUUUUCCCCUACAUCCAGGAAGAUAUAACGCGCACCUGCCUUGCGUACAUGUCACUUGACAUCUUUAGCUCUCCCGACUCCUUCAUGUUAGAGUUAUUCUGUAACAGCCUGGAAGUGUAUCCUUUCCUCAGGUAUUCAUCCAAUAACUGGACAUACCAUGCCAGGAAAUGCACUCGGGACACUGUGGAAAACGAGAUCCUUACAUUCCUACCUACUCGGGCAAAAGUCGCACUGUCUUUUGAGGAGCCACCAUAUUCUCAACCUGAAGUACAACGCACCCCCGCAUGGUUUGCUGCUCGCUACGGCCUUGUACACGUCAUGGAAGCAGGACAGCUCGCCUUCGUUGAACUCUUGCUAUCGCGAGACGACUGGGACGUGGAUGUAAACCGCGCUGGCAAGAUCAUGCUUCCUCAUAGCUUUGCAGAGAUUGGGCAUCAAUUUCGUGGGUUUGGGCUAGAAGACAUUUUUGUUUGUUCUCCUUUGUGCACGCCUCUUAUUGCGGCGGCAUCCAAUGGCCACGAACGGACCGUCGAAAGGCUUCUACAGUCCAGCAAGAUGGAGACGCUAAACGCAUCAUCUUCCUCUGGAAUGACAGCGCUAUCGACAGCCAUAUCCGAUGAGCACGUAGGCGUAGUCAAGCUCUUGCUCUCACAACCUGACACCGACACCUCCAUUACAUACAACAACCUGGGUUUGGACGCUCUAACACCAAUUAUGCUCGCUGCAGGCAUUGGCAACGAGGACAUCCUGCGGAUACUUUUGGAGCGGGGAGACGAUCCGGAUGCUGCAACGCCCAAAGGAAUUAUGGCGCUGCAUUGCGCUUCGAUGUAUGGGCACAGUCGUAUUGUCGAGAUACUUCUCAUGACAGGUCGGGUGGAUAUCAAUGCGGUGGAUCAUCUGGGAUACACUGCUCUUAUGAAAGCCGCCAUUGGCACUAGCAGGAUGGCAAUGCAAACCGUCAAAGUCUUAUCAGAGCACACUGGUAUCGAUAUCAUGGCGAAGAACGUGAAUGGUAGAUCUGCAUACAGUCUUGCAGUUGGAGCGGGACACGGCAAGAUAGUGACAUAUCUUGCGAGUAAGAGGCAUACGAGAUCGACGGAUGCUGAUCUAUCAACUCUGUAG